AUGGCGGGCACGUCGAGACACGACAGAGAGAUGGCGAUGAACGCCAAGCGCCAGCUGUCCGAGUGUUCAGACCCCAUAGAGAGACUCCGGCUGCAGUGUCUGACUCGAGGCUCGUCUGGGAUCAAAGGUUUGGGCAGGACCUUCAGAGUGAUGGACGACAACAACAACCGAUCGCUGGACUUCAAGGAAUUCAUCAAGGGGUUAAACGACUACGGGGUGCUGAUGGAGAAGGACGAGGCCACAGCUCUGUUUCAGCAAUUUGACCGCGACGGCAGCGGGACCAUCGACUUCGACGAGUUCCUCAUCACUCUCAGGCCGCCGAUGUCCAAGGCCCGGAAGGAGGUGGUCAUGCAGGCGUUUCGGAAGCUGGAUAAAACGGGUGACGGGGUGAUCACCAUCGAAGACCUGCGGGGUGUUUACAACGCCAAGUACCACCCCAAGUACCAGAACGGGGAGUGGACGGAGGACCAGGUCUUCAGGACGUUCCUGGAUAGCUUCGACUCUCCGUAUGACAAAGACGGAAAGGUGACCCAGGAGGAGUUUAUGAAUUAUUACGCUGGUGUGAGCGCCUCCAUCGAUACAGACGUCUACUUUAUUGUGAUGAUGAGAAAUGCCUGGAAACUCUGA